AUGUCUGAUUUACCAUCACAAGAACCUGAAAAAGCAGGAUCAAGGCAGAAAAGUUCAGUAAACAAGACAAACGAAGCAUUUGUAUCAACUGUAAGAAAUGCUCCCAACAAGACUACCGGUAUCGAUGCAGUCCAUAUAAAUGCUGCAAGAGAAAUGGUGAAAUUACACACCAGAGAUAGAUUACCUACAAAUUCAGUAAAUAAUCGUAUAAAUACUAUCCCCAAACCAUUACCCAGGCCGUCAAACAAUCCCCACAGUACUCAAUUACCUCAAUCAUCUUUUGCUACUCCUAGACCUUCAGCAUCAUUGAAAAAUAUUAAAAUGUCAAUACCAGCCAAAGGACACGAAGGUCCAUGUACUAACCCUCAAUGUGCCCAUUGUGGUACGGUAAUAAUCCCAGCACCUAAGUCAAGUUUUCCUAUCAUGGAUAAACCGUCAAUUACUAUAAAUGACUGGAGCAUUUAUACUAUCAAAAGACCAAUAUUAUCGUCACAGGAAUUGGAUGAUUUAGAACUGAGAUACGAUUUCCCAUUACCCGAAAUGAUCUUUGGUAACAAUAAAGUUAGACUUGUUAGUGACCAAUUUGGGACUAUAGAAUUCAAUGGGUUGGAUGCAUUGGAUUCUUUGAAUAAAGAGAGUGAUUUCAAAGUAAGUUACCAUAGGGAAUGGCUUGAAGCUCGUAAAAACAAAAUGCUUUCUGAAUCAUUCGAUACAUCAGAGAAAAAGUCCAAGGAAAUCUCUAAUCUUGACUUAUCGAAAAUUACCGAUAUCGAAACUAUAAAGAAUUUCGAUUGGACAUAUUCGGUCAAUUAUAAAGGAUCGAUAACAGGUAUUGAAUUCAAACCAACCAAUGAUCCGUUCCCAAUAGACAGAUUAUUAAAACCGGAUCCAAUAUUGUUCUUUGACGAAUCAGUUUUAUUUGAAGAUGAAUUAGGUGAUAAUGGAAUAUCAGUUUUGUCCACCAAAAUAAGAGUGAUGCCCACAUGCUUAUUAUUACUUUGUAGAUUUUUCCUCAAGAUAGACAAUGUCAGUUUGAGAAUCAGAGAUACUAGAAUUUUCAUUGAUUUGGAAACCAAUAAGAUAUUCAGAGAAUAUAAAUGUCAAGAUUGUGAAUAUGAUGAGGUAUUGAGUAAAAUUAAUUCCAAAAAUUUGACUGAUCCUAAAAGCUUAUUACGUGAUAGCAAUUGGGUUGCCAAUAAUAUUCCAGUUAAUUCAGUAACAACGGAAACGAAUAUGUAG